AUGAAUACAGUUGCUUUCGUCCAUGCUUUCUCACGUCCAAAAGGGAUCCUCUUCGUUAUUCCUCCAAGUCUGCCAACCAAUAGAGACGGCUUUAGUCGUCGUGAUGGUGCAUUUCUCGCUGGCUUUUUGGAUGCACGUGGCUACCUUGUGGUGCUCUGCCGCCUGAACAAAUUCCGCCUGGCCCAGCGUUAUUCCGCGGCCCUACCAACUGCAGCCAACCCCACGGGAGUUGUGCGUCUCAUCUCGGCAGAGCCAGUACCUGCCGAAAAGUGGCUGACAAUGCGUCUCGUGAAAUGGCGGCGCGCAAUAACCUUAGAAGUGAAUAAUCAAGCACGUCGACGAGCCAGAUUGGUAUGCACAAUUAAUCAAACAUUUUAUUUUGUGAAUAAUGUAAAACAUUUUUCAUCUUGA